AUGGCAGUUGGCAUUCUCUUUUGUACGUUCCCAUCAUUUUUUAUGUUGUACUGUGCUGUCUUGUCUUCUGUUUCAUUUCUCCAAUUGUCAUCUAUCAUGCAGAAGAAGUGUCUGACUAUUUCUGAAUGACUCAAUUUACAGACAUUUUUAUGCCUAAGUAUCUUCCCUUCACUGCACUCCGUGGCUUAUGUGUUCUUUAUUAUUCAUCCCAUUUUUACCGUUCCUUCUGUGUAUUUAGACAAAUGCAUGACUAUCGUUAUUCGUCCCGUUCUGUGGUCUAAAGAAUCGCCAGGUCACUUCGAUGGCCUAGCUAGGGCUCCGUUCUUACACGAAAGCAUGAUUUUUCUCCAUCUUUGUCGUUGUGGCGCUGUAGCGGCCGAGGACGUCAAGGGUAGCGCACAACCACGUAACGGAAUACCGAGGAGGAGAUCCUGGCUUGUGUUGAUCUGAAUACGAUUGUUAGCAGUUCACGAUACUCAUCCAUGCAUAAAGGAAGAAGAAACGAUCGGCGGACGAGAAGAUAUAAUGAACAGAAAUGGGAAUUGCAAAGGAGUAUAAUGACAGUUAAAAGUACACGCGAGAUGAGUUACAACAGUCGAAUGACCUGUCUGGGUGGAGAGGCGAGGCCAACAUGCCAGCUGGACAACCGGUGGGGAGCGCAGCGCUGGGGGCAACUGCAGGGAAGGGCCGAGGGAGAUGCCGAUGUAGUGAGGUCAGCGGUACGAACGUUACGACACGAUACGGAGCGGGAGAGGGGAUCGGCGGAAGAGAGUGGAAGGGACACCGGCCAUCUUCACCAACAUGCGGCUACGCCAUCUCCAUCCUAGGUCCGCGCGCCAAAAGUGCCACGGCAUUCAAACAACCCUGUACAGAUCACGGGACGUUACAUAGCCUCCUCCUGAGAUGCAGCACUGUCCUCAGUGCUGCUGGAGUUGGAGCUCGGAAGGGGGGAGAGGUGUGCGCUCCUCUCCAUCCCACCGCUGCCACCAAUGUAGCGGCCGAAUAAGGAGGGGCUCCGGGAAACUCGGGAAGACCUGAGUUGGUAUGUGAUGGCUUGCGGUCUUUCGUAUGGGUAUCUAAAGAAAACUCCUCUAAAAGUCGUGUAACUCCAUCAUACACACUAGCAAAGGAAAGUGGUGGAGUGGACAUGAUAGCGACGAAUGAACUGAUACAAAAGUUUAUUAGUAAAACGUUAGAGACACGGUAGAAAAAUAAGUUUGAUGUGAUCUAUGACGUAAGGUAAAAAUAGCGGUACAGACUACUAAUCAACUAAGAGAGUACAACUUAAUCCUACAAUCUGAUAAAACGUGAAACACGGGAAAGGGUUAGUUAAUGGUGAAAUAAACGAGGCGGAAAACGAAUCGGCAGUUCAGGAAUACGGAAACGAUAAGGAAAAGGGGACUUAGCGGAGGGCGUGUCGACAGGCGUCAGCUCCGAUCCACGUGACCCAAAUUCUGAAAAGGGGGGGCGGGAAGUAAAAAAAGGUCCGUUUAAAACAAUCGGUCGUUACAGCGCCUUUGCAAUUGCUUGCACAUGAAGUCCGGUUCGGUGACUGCUGGAAAAAUAACCUACGUAUCGGAAACAGUUGUGUUGACUUUCGCCCAGUCGAUAUUUUUCGUAAUUUUGAAAGGUCUGCAUUCGGAGUGGUCUGAAGUACGGUAAAGUUUACAUGUCACGGCUCUCUUGCGUUUUUUAGCUGGUGGUAAAAAUAACGUCAAUCAACGGAAAUGUAGGCGACGCAUUCAGGCUUCCAUUCAAUGAAUUCACUAACAAUUAUGGCCCCUGAAAGGAAUACUUCGUGAUAUCAAACCUGUUUAUUUGGAAGGGUACUUGGUGGAGUUAUCAAUGCUGAUAAGUAGAUUCCUCCGUCAUUCACGAUCUUUAGCCCUUCUAAAUGAUAUGUUCUGUCUUCAUAAAUAUGAGAAAUGUCCUGCGGUGUAUUCUUGCCUACGCAAGGGAACAAAAAUAGGUUCCGCCGCCUAAAGCGGACACUGCGUCAAGGAACAUGGGUAGACGAAUGGAAAUCGUAGUAGGUAGCGACCUAAGACAGGAAAUGUUUAAUCCGGUUCUUCUGCGACGAGUUGGGCAUUGCCUCUUCCAUUCCUUCCAUAAAACUUUCACCACUUUCUGUUUUAGCUUACGCCCUCAGAGGGCUUUGCGCAUUUGUUGUAUCGGCCGGCGUUUGGUACGUGACUUUACUUUUCCGGGAUAUGCACUCUUCCAACGACAAGAAGCGAAUAUUGGACAAACUCCUCCACAAUCAGAGCCAUGUCUUGGACAAAAAGGUGACUCAUUUUUCGUAAACCGCAUCGUGAAAUUGCGUAUUCAUUUUUGUUAGCUCUUACGAAGCCUCGUCCGUCAAAAUAGGGUGCUAGUUUUGCUCUCGUUUAAUACAAUGUGGUGAGAAUUCCAGUCCGAUGUUAAAUGCAAUAAAUCUGCUCGGUUAUAACCGUACUGUUCCCACCCCACCCAAUUAUAGAGCGAUGUGCGAACUUCUCAAUACAUUAAGGACGAUCCACUAUUGGACACAAUGAUGGGAAACCUUAAGACUCUCCACGAGGUCUUCCAACAUGGCCUCAGCGUUGCUAGUGAGUAUUUCUACACAUUUUACGCUAGCACUUGACUGUCCCUACUUACAUGUGCCACAAUUUCUCAACCUAUGCAUGCUUAGUGAUGUCGUGUUUUGCUUCCCCACGUGCCGCAACCGGCGGUAGCGAUUAAGGGAUUCCUAACCACUUCCCCGUUGACCAUAACCUAAUAUCUCAGGUCCAAGAACCACUUCCAUAUCUUGACGGCCCCACUAAUCAGGGGUUUGAGCUGACCCCUUCACCACCUUCGGCGAGACGGUACCGAGCUUAGGGUGACAUCACUGAGUUCGUAGGACCUGCGACGAAUAACGUUGGCAUAAGUUGUCACUCUCAGCCGACCUGGAAUUUUCCGCCUUUGUUGCACUGAUUGUGAAGUGCGCCGUAUGGAACACAAUCUGUUUAUUUUACUUGGGAAUCGUCCCUGGCCUGCGUCUUCUUGAAGUCCUAUUUUCGUUUCUCCGCACAUCAUAACUGACAGUAUAGACGGAUGAAUAACUGGAGAGACUCCCGGCACAUGGAUCCUUGUGACGAAUGAAGUGUCACAAAGACUUCGUGAACAUCGUCAAGGGCUCGUGAGAACCCUGCAGGCGAAAUCGAAUUCGGCAACAGUUUCGUUCCCUUUGCCCAGUAGGCACAGCCUUCCGGACUUGGCGGCCGUUUGAUUUGCGAUGCACCUAGGUAAUGCUUUAAUUUCGAAAGCGUUAGUGGACAUACCGACUGAUUUAUCGACCUGUACCAGCGUCAUAGAUUUACGCUAGCUAUGUGUCUGUUAGCAUAGCCCGGGUCAGUCAGCCGACUCCUUAAAUCAAACUCGUUCCCCUUGAGUCCGCAUAUAGCUUCAAGAGUCUCGUCACCGCCGCGUUAAAUCGAGUGAGCAACAGGAGACAUCCUUGUCGGACAUUGCCAUAUUUUUGGAUGUUUGUGACGUUAAUGCUAAGGACUCAGAUAGCGUUUGAGCUGGUGUUGUCCUUGGUCCGAACGGCGUUGUUUCCCGGUACACCAUAUACUUUAUCGUCAUUUGCUGGGAGUUUCUGUUGUACACGUAUGCGGUCGUUGCCCGUCUUCAGCUGCGGUCCGUUAUGUAUGCCUGCCUUUGCAACUAUUUACGAAUCCCGUGUUGUUCCACACUCAUUGUGUUUUUGUUAAUAUGCACAUGCUUGCUUAUUCUUAUGCCUACGCCUUCAUCUGAAUUCUUUUCAUGGUCGGUCUUUGUCAAUAUUCUGACCUAACAUACAUCAAUGUUACUGCCACCAUGCCACGUUAUCCACUUUUAUUUGCUCUCUAUAUAUCAAUGAUGUUUAGGGGUGUUUCGGCGCUUCAACAUAAGGCUGACUACUCUGAACAUGGGCGAUAUUCCCACUUUUAUGGCCGUGUGUUUUGCUUCCGAUCACAUUUUAAUGUUACCCAAACAGGUAGCUAAUUUUAUGGUCUCUGACCUCCCGCGAGUGAAGUUGAAACUACUGCCCUAGAUCUAAGUCCUUGUCUUACAUGCCUCCUCUCCCGUUUUGCGGUCCUUUUUCACUGUCAUCUCCUAUGAUCUGGUCUGGCCGCUCUUUUAUGCCGAUAUUCUAUUAGGGCAUUCCAGUGAUGAUUAUUUUCAUUUUCUUAGGCGACUAUUGUUGCCGGACCUGAAAUUUCCUCAAUACGUGUCCUCCUUUCGUCACCGUCUGUAGCAAAAACCUUUAGUCGAGCCUACUUUUCAUAGCCGAUGUGUAUAUCAGUCUGCCUCCCCUUCCCUCCCCCCGUCCCUCCCCUGCACGAAUUGCCCCCUUUUUUUCACUACUUUGGACUUUACGUACGCGUCCUCCCUACAAUUUGGUUUUGCCAUGUGACUAUGACUGGGCCUUUUUCACUUAUAGAGAAUCACGCAUGUCUUGGUUGGCGAGAAACGCCCACAUCCCCUUAUCAGUGGAUCACCUAUAGCGAAGUAAGUUGGUCUGCCAGCUUACGACUUUCGUGCUUCAUCUGAGCUUCAGUCUCCCGACCAUAUAAGCUCUACCCGAUUCUUUCUGACACUUCAUUUCUCACCUGAUGUAAGGUGUUUGACAGAGUCUGUAUGCUUGGCUCCGGUCUUCGAACCUUCCGCCCCGCUGACGUGGACAUAUUCUGCAUUGGCAUUUACGCCGUAAACUGCGUUGAGGUGAGUCAUCUGAGUCCUUUUUUAAAGCAAGAGAAAUUGUCGUAAAUGCCCUUGUUGCAGCUAGCCAUGUUCCUAGACGAAUUUUGUUUUCGUUUUUGAAAUUGAUGACUUCUAAAACAGUGAAGCAGUUUCUCAACUAGGUGGUCGUGCGUCUGCCAUCCAUAUCGUCGUAUGUCGAAGCUUUUUUUUUACUCUGAAGAGACAAACAAAUGUGUAAAUGUUGCUUUAGUUAGUCUCACCUUAUGCCGGCGUCUUUUCUUCUCAGUCGCCCUGUUCCUACCUUUGUCCUUUCUUAGUGGGCAGUUACCCAGCAAGCUUGCUCCACGUUCGGCUAUGUCAUUGUCCCCUUGUAUGACACCCUUGGCGAUGAGGCUCGAAAGUACAUUCUCGGACAAAGUAAGUCCUUUUUCAGUGCGGCACACUGAUGUUCUUCCCUCCCCUCCCCCACUUCAUUCCCAGAUGAUGUGCAAUCUUUUACAGAAACAUACCCACCCGUUCUGUGUAAGUGCUCUCUCACGUAACCCUGCCAUUCCGGCAAUGAGACUGAAACUGUGCUUGCGGGAAAAGCGUCGUUUUCACUUUUUCCACUACAGCGACUGUUCUAACGUGCGACUGCUCUUGUCCGUAUCUUCAAGGAGCUCGUUACACAUACACAGGCUCUUUAACUUUUUAAAUUGCAGUUAGACGGAGGUAGGGAGGAUUCUACGGGACGGAAUGCAGCGCAGAAAGUGAUCGCUAUCGCUCGGAACUCAUGUAGCCUGCGUUUAUCUUCGUUUAGGCGUCAUACCACAAAGGAUUAAAUUCGAGGCAUCAUUAAAUAUUAGUGCGUCGUAUUCUAUUCGGAAGUGAAACAGAGGUAGCAGUGAAGAUUUUUAAGCCCAUUCUAUCUCAAAAUCCCGUGAAACUUGCACUUUAUUCAACAUUUGCUAGUUUACCUGUCGAGGAUCCAUCAUUAUAGUGACCAAAAUUCCCUACCAGUUAUUAAUCGUCUUCCUCGUGUUUAAAUGUGUUUUUUUCCUGAGUAAGCGAGGCCUGUAUGCGCACAAUGACUUCAGAAUAGUGGCUCUUUAAUGUGAACACUCCGUUGGAAACCCGGAAAACCUGAAUUAUGCCAUAACUCGUCGCAUCUCUCUUCAUCAAACGGAAGUUACCAAAGGUCAAGACGUCUGAGCUCACAUAGCAACCGUGUCAAUAGCAAAAUAUAAAACCAUGGUCCCCAGCCAAUUUCCUUUGUCAUAACAGUCAGUAUUGCAAAGUCGAUUUUCGAAGCCCGUCUAACUGGAGUCGCUAAAAAUAAUCGAACCUCUCUUGAUGUCGCCCAGACUUUUGGAUGUCAAGCAACCGUGACAAUGCCUGUAAACGGCCACCCGAUUAUGAUGAUUAUGAUUAUUGCAGCAAACGCCAUGUCAUGACGCGUUUGGUGCAAUAUGACUUUUGGGGCCAUUCAUCAGGACUACACUCAGCUGUGGCGAAGCCGUCAGUGCUGCAUAAUCCUUGGACUUCCGAACGCGUAGUUCGCAGCAGCCAACAGAGGGGAGCUCCGGCACUCGCUACUGGUCGACGUGCCAGGUAGACCGCGACUAGGCCAAAGCCCCCUGUCUUGUCUUCCACUGGCUCGUGUCUUCCUGUUGCCCAACUGGAUGGUCAGCCUUCACAAUGAACGAAGCCGUUCAAUCGCUCACUUAACGAGUGUCCUAAAGCCAUGAUUGCAUAUUGUGAGGUCGAGGAUUUGGAUUUCGGCGCAAACCAGUUAACCUCUUUUAAGGGACGUAGGGUAAGGUCUACUGACAAACUGUCAUGACCCCCAUCAAUUACCGCUUAUCCUCUUGCGAGUGCUAUUUUAUACUACCAGUUAGUGAUGGUGCCAGCCGACGAUAUCACUUAUUACCAUUCUUAUCAUAAUUACGGCGGUGAUGAUUUCCUACUGCUGUUCGUUCUGAAGCUUGUGACCGUGGUAAUGGUGAUGACUGGAAAACAACGACAUGAAUGUUGGUAAUUUGUGAUGUGACUAGGUUUCGUCUCCACUUAUGGGUUCCACGGAGUACUAUUUGCAGUGAGGAGUUGGUGACCAGCCGGAGCUAUUGCAAUCACCUGUCGCGCCCUCCCCGUUUUAGCCGCACUUAGUCCCGGGAUUCUGUACUGUUUUAUGGCAAGCGGUCGUUUCUUCUUCACAUGCGACGCUUCAACGCUUGUUGGUGUUGGACAGGAAAUUACUCCCCUCGAUGCCAUUAAACCUCAAAGUCCAACUGCAGCCCUCAGAGAGGAUUCGUCGGUUGUCAAAAGGACGGUUGAGAUGUGUAUAACUGCACAAAGUUUGCUUGGUGGGAGGGAUGGUUUCUUCUAGUUCUUCGACUCGGUUUAUCAGUUUAGGGUCCUGGGAUUGCGCUGAGCGGCAAGUGAGGCCCUAUUGGAUGGCGGACAACAUUAGCUGUAUCUUGAUGCCGAUGUGACUUGUGCUUCUUUUGCAAAGGGAACCAAUUUAGCAUGAGUGCCUAGCCGCGUCUGGGAGCAUUGGUGUCGCAUGGCCUGCAAAUGCAUAUUUGCUAGGCCCGAGCCACCGCUUACUUCGCGAUUAAACCUCGCAAGGGACUGCUUUAAUACCCGUUGCCUGUGGACGUGCUGGGUAGUCCGAAAGUAAGAUGGCCUAGUCUUCCUGGAGUUCUGAUCGUUCCGACUCUUUUGCGAUCUAGUCUUCUGAAGAAUGUCUCUUAUUAGGACAUUUUAUGGUCGACGAUCUUUUGUCAAUUCCUAUACCGCUUCCGACCUGCCUUAUUUCCAGUGUCCGAAGCCGUGCAGGAUCGGAUCCGCUAUCUUUCCGAAUUCACGACGGACAGUGCACAAACCCCUUCUACGGAGCGCCUCGAUGUCGUGUUCAGCAACUUCAGCGAAGCCAUUAGUUUGUAGUCCCAGUGUACGCAGGCGCCUCAGUUAACCGUUAGUAAAUGCUACGAGGUAUAUUUUUCAGAUGUUGUUAGCAGAUGCUACCAGCCUUGAUGGAGAAUAAGUGGCUGUAUCACCCUCUGGGCUAUUCUAAACUAUGAUGGUCGACAUUUCUGACUCCAUUCCCCAUUGCCUAAGAUUAAAAACCCUGCGAAAUUCCUCUUUAUUCUUCCUUCAAAGGCUGUGAUGUCAUCUAGGCGAUUCUGUAGGUUUUUGCAAGAGCAAGUAGGGACUCGGUGAACUUCAUUCUCCCUGUUUUGUCUUUUCAAAAGGAAACUAUUCUCACAGUCGUUAAGGUUGCCAGACGGUUUUGAAAAUCGUUGGCCAUCGUAUCGUCGAGACCCCAGACUACGGUCUCCUUCGGGCGACCUGUGCCAAAUCAGGACCGGUUGCGGCCGAGCUACUUGCUGGGCGCCGAAGCCCUUUUUGGUGGGACCAAUGCGUCCCAAAACCGCCGUCCCCACUCUUUUCAACCCUUGCUAAUGCUUUUGGCCUGCACUGUUCUUAGCUCUCGCCAGUCGCUUGUCUUGUGCCUGCCCAAGUUCGUUCUGUCCUUACGGUACGAGCGCGCUCUUUUCUCUUGUGUCUGCGUUCAGCGGAGCUCUCGAUAUGCAUCUGUGACUCAACCACACGCGCUCGCAAUCUUCUCUCCGAUCUCACCGAAGCCCCCUCCCUCAAGAACAUUGUCUUGACAAAGGCCAGUGAAGAAGAUCUCGCCACCCUGCGUUCCGAGGCUGCUGACCGCGUCCAGAUUUUACUUUUUAAAGACGUCCUGGUAGGUUUUGCUUUCACCCUUUUCUCAAACUCGGUGAUUUUUUCACCACACAGCCUUUGGAUUCAUUAUCUCCUCUUACUUUGGUCACCCAUACAGCCUUGUGCUUUAACCGCACCGAGUUUUCCUACCUUCGGUCUUAACGUUCUCCAGACAUGCUCACUCAAAGGCAGACCGUGAAUGGUCUGCACUCAAUUGGAAACUCGAACUCCCCAUUACCCCCCUAUAUUUACCAGUUUACGGCGUAUUUUGAGAAAUAUCUGUGUGCAAAACUGGAUAACUGCUCUAGAACUAAACCAUUUUGUUGUCAUGAUAAAAUUUCCAGAAGGGUUGAUCAGCAUUCAUAGUCUCCUGUCCCCGACUUGUUUAUGCAUACUCGUGGGGACUGCUCCCUACACCCACCCGAUUCAUAUGCAACUUCUUCCGCUACUUUAGGAUCUUGGUCGUGUGGACGCUCGGCCCGAGAAGGUAUGAAGUUGCAUGGCAUUACUGCUUGUGCAUAUUACUACUAAUAACUUUUAACGUUGAUAUAAAGCAUUGUUUCGUACACACAUGGCCAUCCACUCAUGAGUACUUUACUUCCUUCGUUUGCUUCUUCAGCUUCCAGAACCAGAUGAUCUUCAUCUCCUGUGCUACACUAGUGGGACUACAGGUGUGUUUGCAUGCGCCUCAUUAUUAAGAAGACAUACCUGGCCAAGUACCUUGUGGAUUUUUCACUAUCUGCUUCACUAUCAUAAUUAUCAGCGCCUGUCGCCGCUGCUAUUGCCGAUAGGAGACAGCGAUGUACAUUUGUACCCAGUCUUUCAAGUUUAUUUUGCUCUGUCUCCAUAUUUAUGGGGUCCCUGCAUCAUCUCUUAAAUAUCCAGCCAGCCUUUGUUUGAGACAUAGCAAGGUUGAGAUGGAGAUGGCAGGCUUAGCGCUGGGCAUCAACAGUUCUAAGCCUGCAUUUAGACCACAGAAUGUCAUUAUCACGUAGAUGUUUCAUUAAGCGAAUGUCGAGAACUUGCUCCCCCGUUGAAAGUCUCACGGCUAUCUAAACGCUUGACGCGCCAAAGGAAUGUUAAACGCCCGCCGCACAGCGUUCCCUCCCACGCAAACUGUCGUGAUGACGAGUCUUCUGGCCUGGGCUAGUGUUUUGGCUCAUUCAGGCACGUCUGUUAUUACCGAGUGGGUGUCUUAUUUUUAGGGUCCAGUGUUGGAAUGAGCUCUUCUAUCGUCGAUGAAGGCUGUAGACUUUGACAUGGCCUGGCAAGCGCUAGGGAAGAGGGGGAAGGGAUGCGCGCCCGAUCUCUUUUUGUACCUCUCCAUUCAUUCGUUCUUCAUUCAGCUGCCUUCUGUGGCAACCGUUGACCCUGCCGCCUCUCCCUUCCAGGUCGUCCCAAAGGCGUAAUGAUCACACACAAGAUGAUUGUCUCAGUCAUUGGUGGCUUUGAUAUGGACCUCCAAGAAGUGGUAAGCAGUUGCAUUUCAGUUUACCCUACUUUCACCCUACUUGUCGGCACCGUGGCGCAGACCAUCCCUAUUUCCACUGCCACUUCGCUUAAUAUUCGGACGCAAGUAGCAUGCCGAGACACCCAAAAGAGAACGGGUUCCGGAAAGUAGAGGAUUGGAAGAGGGAAAGGAUUCUGUCGCUGAGGCACAAAUUUUUCUUUUUGACUUCGGAAUAACUCCAAAAGUCAGCACUAGCGGGCCCCAACAUAGGAGGGUAGCAUACGCACAGGAGGAGGAUGUUUGCAUAAUGCAGCUUCUGCCUACCUGUAGCUAUCUUCUGGGCUGAUCGCCAAAUUAUGGUGGCCUUCAGGAAAGCGGCAAAUUUGACACAAGUACUUAGCCUCAGUAUCAACCCAGUCAGGCCUCUACGGGUGUGGUUGCGUAAGGAUGCUCUAUCAGCGCGUCCAGACACACUGCAGUUAGUCGGAAGACAAGUUCGCUGAAUUACACUACCUUUGACGGGUGCUCGAAGCAAAUGGGUAUCUGUGCAACUUCGUCAUCCAGUGAUUUCUUAGUUGUUUCGAGAAACGUCACCGACCCCCGGCCCCAGGGCUGUUAGCUCUCCAGUACUCCAAGUUUCCCGUAAACAAUCUUUUACCUUACGACACUCGGAGCUGGGCUUGCACUCAGAUCAGAGUCAAUUGUCAGGCGCCGUGUGAUGAGAUCAAAGAACCGACUGUCACUCCACGAAACAUGUGGAGUCGUUUGACGGAUCCGCUGCGGUUGCGGGCAGGACAAUUACGUCAGGGAAACUGGAAGGUAGCUGCAGACGCCGACAGCUGAUUACGCAUCACCAGGGAGUAGGAAUGGCGCGAACUCAAGUUGUCAGUCAUUUGGGGGGACCCACCACACCUGUAAGUUCAAAGAAACCAACAUAGUCGCUAGGGGUGAGAACAGCGUGAACCGCGAGCAGCUCUGUUUAUGGUUCUCCGCCCCUCCAGAGUCACUUAGUCACGCGCGGAACCCACGGGUGAGCCCAGUGUCAUUGUUGUUAAGCUAGAUUGCCGAGCAGUUGCCACGCUAAUCACCAACGCCAGUGAUGAAGUUGCGGCCAUUACUUACUCAAACACGGGCGGCUGAGUCACUAUCGUACCAUGCACGAACAUCCGCGAUGAAUGCGGGAGCUGCCAAUUUCAUUAGGUUUGUGGCGGCCUAACAACUGCACCCUCUAAAUAUGACGCCCCCUCCCUCUAUGUCCACCAUCUCUGUCGGUUGCUGUCUUCCGAUCGUGCGUCGAAGGGUGGAUCCGGAUCGUCGGGCAAAUGUUUCAUCUUUUUAGCCUUUUCGACAUUUCGGGUGCCCUCCAAGUGACAAAUCAUACCGUUAGCAGGGUCACACAGAAGAGUCUUACCUUCUGCUACUGUCAGAAAAAGUUUUCAGCUUAAAUGUUCAUUCUGCUCACUUGUUAUACCGAAUUUUCUUGUUACCUAGAGUGUAGAACUUUACUCUCGAAAACUGGACUUCGCCGUAUUUGAAAGUCCCACAUUCUACCACAGAACCUAGACGAUCAUGCUUCACAUUUCAUAAAGGAGGUCAAAUUGUUACUCGGCCUGUCUUGCCGUCAAUACUAGUCGCGUGUGUAAUUCCUAACACAGAGCGUUAGCAUUUAGGUAUUUUUGUAAUCCUCCCAGCCCUCAGAGGGAGUUUCGACUGAACUGUAGCCUAGCAGUCGUUCUGACAGUAUUAUUUUUUUGAUUUUGGAGAUUUUCACGUCCAUUUAUUUUCCUUUUUCCUCCUAGAAUAUAGUCCCUGGCGACGUCUACUUGUCCUUCCUUCCCCUGGCACAUGUUUUCGAACAAAUUGUCAUGGUAACUCGUUCACUCUUUUGUUAACUGAUUGUUAAGUUGCUCCUCAACAUCUGUGGAAAUGAGCAUUGGCAUACCCCCACGUUUGCACGUGUCCGAAUAAAUCGGGCAAUGAGGCUCCUUAAUGUGACUGGUGGCACGCUUAGACGUGGGUUCAGUCUCCUUUGCUACUGGACCCACACCCAUUUUUAUAGUCGACUUUGUCUUGCCAUUUAGGACGUGGCGGUACGGGGGUAUGGUAGAUGCUAAGAGAGUCUCCCUUGCUAUGACCCAAUACACGCUCAAGCCACCUCGACGUUUGAGACAAAAAACGAACCAUCGCCGAGGAGGCUACGCUACCAUGACACGGCUUUUAUUCAAUAAUCUCUGAAUUCUAUCACCCCGCCGCCCUCCCCUUUUGUAUGAAUACCCCGACUUAGCAAUCUGCCACAUUCCUUGAUUACAUUUCUCGACAGUUAGAGAAACCAGCCGAUAAUACUCAUGCUAUUAAGCCUCUACUGUACUAUGAAGACCUCGUAUCACUGACUGCAGUUAGUAGUAAGCCCGUUGUUCUUGACGAUGGCUGUCUUUACUGCUUGUUUGUGGUGGACGGGGUACUUUGGACGAUUUCAUCAUAUAUCCAGGGGUCUGCUGUAGAGUCGACUUCCUGUUUAUAAAUGUACGUCAUCGGGGAUAGCAGGUUGCGAUGUUGUUGUUGCAGAUGUUACUAUUGGCCGGUCGAUUCCAGGAUCUGGGUGUCCGGGUUCUGUUCCUGCCACUUCACCUUCUGGGUCUUCUGAAGACAGUUGGGGUUGGAGCAUCUGAGUCUCGUCGCAACUGGCCUCGCAAUCGAAGACCCAUCCUCUUCCUAACCACCGGUUACCGCUGUUUUUUAAUCAAUAUCUGGUAAAGUUUCAUGCUGGUGGCAUGCAGGGUUUUUACGAAUGAAAGGAAUGAACGUGCAAACAUUUCUUUCUACCAAUAGCCUAUCCCUCCCCUCUAGUCGUUCAUCUAGGAGCCACCAACGUGCCACUCUCAACCCCCGAGCUGUCGGCUUCAUUUCCUAAUUUCUCUUUUCACACCUGCAUUCUAAGCUGAAGGCGACUUGUGCCCGGCUCUUUUUUUAUCCUCAAGCAUUAUGCCCUCGGCCGUGGUGCCGCCUACGGGUUCUACUCUGGUGACCUGCGAAACCUCUCAAAUGACAUCCUCGAACUGCGUCCUACCCUCUUCUGCGCCGUACCCCGCGUCCUCCAACGAUUGUACGGCACUGUGCAAUCCGCCGUCGCUGACUCAAAAUUCAAGUCCUGGCUCCUGAAAAUAGCCGUUGAGGCAAAGAUGCGCUAUGUUCGCAAGUAAGUGUCCCCCAAUUUGCAAAACCGUUUUUUAUAAUACCAUAUCCUGUCUCCAAUAGGUGUCGCUGGACUACCAAGAAGAUUAUAGCCGCCCCUUUCCGAGCUGUUAACAGUUAUUCCGACCUCAUCCCUAAAGAUAAUAACUGGCCUGGUUUUCGUUAAAAUUGCCCUCUGUAUCCACCACGGAUAUGAGCGAUAGAUGGACUUGUAUAGUUUAUAAAGGAUCCAAUACUGGAUUCACUGGACACGUUCAGAUUCACUGCCAUUCCACCACGACCAAUUACUACCACAAAACACAACGCCGUUGCUGCCAUCGCGCACACCGGAAUCAUCGCUUCAGCCGCUCCUUUCACUUGUCCGCACUGCAGUGCAUGCUUCGGUCCCAGUUUGCUCUGGUUGAACUUUUUCUUGUCCAGUCCAGCAGGAGCGCUACCAGGACACAAAAGCCAACUGCCGCCUGCAAUGCAACUUGUCCGGAUUGCGAGCGCACGUACUAAUUCCUCAUCGGCUUGAUCAUUGGCACUGCGAAUUUACCGCAGUGCGGCCGGAGCAAUACUGCCCUGGACUCCCCACCAACAAAGCGCAUGACUUAGCUGACCGCAUUGUCCCAGAACAUUCAGGCAUUCAGUCGCGUUUGCAUACGCGAAAACUUUGCUAACAGAAGGACAGCCCAGGUAUGUCCAACGUCACCCGUAAAAGAAAGUACACUUAGGUCACGCAUAGGUCCAUCCGGUCGGACAUAUGUACGCGCCAGCCUUCAGCAAACUAUCAUGCGUCAUUCGUGCAUCAAGCAUGCGGCGCAUUUGCCUGCGUUCUGAUGGUGAACAAGCAUCCUGCACGAGAAAUUGCGCAUCCAACUUAUGUGAAAACUGUGCCCUCUGAUGAAGUCUGGUCGUGUGGGAUGUGUGUGUGGUGUGCGUAGGUGGAUGGCCUCACGCCAUGUCAACCACACCAUGCCCAAUCUCAUCAUCAGUUGGUCGACGGACGGGCAGAGGCCGUUGAUGUGCGGGAGCGGGGGGGGGGAGUGAUAGCACUUUCCUGAGGCAUCCUACCUCGUGGCAAAUCCUCAAAUUCCUCACUAAAGCACAGUCGAGGCUCUUGAGCAUAUCGGAAGUCACUAACAGCCCCAUGGGUCAGAUUGUAGAGAACUGGCGGAAGAAUUCGGCUUACCUUUGGAAUUAAAGUCAGACUGCAAUGGAUCUUGCUAAGCUUGUCCUUACUACUUCACUCGCUUUUGUGGACUUGACGCAUUCUCUCGAGAUGCGGCUCGGAAUUUUGAAGCUUUUGCACCAGUUCGAUGAAAUCACCGGAUUCCGAUCCAAUCCUAUUGUUAAUGGUUCUGGAGGUAGCAUAUCUGGUUUCUGCCAUCGCAUCAGAACUUGUUGUCAGCUGUCCUUCAUCUCUAAGCAUCUAACACAUCUUGUGUAGUUUGGUGUGCGAGAAGGCUCGAGGAUAACUAGCAACUCGGUGACGACUUCGCCUCCUUUCCAUUAAACCUCUGUACUGUCAUUCUUUCUGUGUCAUUAUUUUUUUUUAUACAUGUCCUUCCUUUGAUCUCUAGGGGCAUUGUCACGCGCGACACCUUCUGGGACAGGUAUGUGUUAAAACCCAUUCAAGACCGAAUGGGUGGUCGUCUGCGCUUUUUCGCCUGUGGAAGUGCCCCCAUUUCUGAGGAUGUCUACCAGUUCUGUCGAGCUGCCCUCGGGGUUCACGUAAGUCAUCUUCUGUCUCUUUUUGCUUUGCAAUAUGCUGUUUCUGGGGUCUAUGUAGUGCACAGGACUGGUGGUAGUCAGUUUGAUUGUUUGGCGACAGUGCCAUCUGCGUUGCUGGGCUUGGAAGGUUGUCGACUGAUAGGGUGGUGGGUCAGUCCAUCAGUCCACACCUCACAUCACCUUGAUCACUGGGUCGUCAAAAUGGUCUUGCCUCCUAACGUGUAUUUUGCCCAGCCGCUGCCACUGACACUAGUGAAUGUAAAUCCACACUGUCUUUUCCUUAACCAGAAGGCUGAAGGAGGCGUUGAUCAGAAGACGACUGUGUUCCGUACCGGCCUGUAGGAAUAGAACGUUACUGCUGUUAUAGCCUCUGAUGUCAUGGCGGCUUUUCGCUCCCGCCCAGUUUUUGUUGUCUGUGUCAACGCGGGCGUUGAAGUCGCCAGCGACAGUCAAUUUAUCCGCAUUUGACACAGUCCCUACAAGAGCAUGCAGGUCUUCAUAUAAUUUUUUCUUCACUUCGUCGGAGUUGGUCAUUGGGGGGAGGGGAGGGUGAAUUUUUGGACGGUGGUAAAUUUAUCCCCAUGGUGAGGUAAGCGUGGGGUCAUGGGACGAUCGGUGAUUGCCUGCGGCAGGCAGGACAGGCGCCAUCCCUGGUUGCAAGGACGACCCCAACAUUUGAUCGCUUUGCAUUUGGACACCCGGCCCAGAAGGCUCUGUUGACACCCACCUCCACUUGUCCCUGUUCGGAUCAGCGGACCCCGCUGAGCCGCGAUAUCUACCAGUUGCCGAGUGGCUAUACUUGCCAUCCUUUCCUAAUGGAUGACAAUCGGGUUAUGGAUAAGGGGAACGAGCAUUCCAAGCGGCCAGAUUGAGCAGGGUCACUCUGCCAGACUGUGGGGAAGCACAAGCAUACGGACGGUAGUGUGUGCUUCCUAUUGUGUCUCGGUCGUAUUUUCUGCGCCUACCAGCCAUUGUCAGCUGUCAGACAGUGUGAUUGUUGGGCAUUUGCGUAUGUGACCUUUCCUAGCCCUUCUCCAUGCGCGAGGGUAGGUAGUGCUAUCCUCAAAUGGGGCUGCUUAGUCAUCCUAAAUGUAUGCCGAGUUUCAUUAUGGGUCACGAUUCUAGUUUGGUGGGAAAGCAACCCGAAGUAAACGGUGUCCUCUGUGGGAUUGAUGUCGCUCGCACCAUGGGACUUUUGCUGUUGGAGAAAGGAGUGGUCUAUAAGACAGUUUACAAAUUUUGGAGCUUUUGACAUCUGGUCUUUUCUUAGAGCACGCGGUAUAGUCCAGACUGUGUGCAGUUCAUCGUCUCGUCCUUCGCAUACAGCCCUAUGCAAACGUGGCCAGGGGUCUUUAACCGCUGAAUUGUCUGUCUGAGCUCUUCGCCACCCAGACACGGUGGGCCAGUUAUUAGGGGACGAAACCGUCCUUAAAGCUGAAUUGGUGUUUCCAAGCUGCUGUUCCAGACCUGCCUGACUUCUUUAACCAUUAGUCUACACUUCGCUCACUUUAUUGGCGUUUCCGUUAAGUUGUCAAGUUCUUCCCACUUGACUCCACCUUUUCUCACUUUCAGGCCUAUGAAGCUUACGGACUGACAGAGACCUGUGGCGCCACGAUCAUGACUCUGCCCGGAGAUUACGUCUGCGGUCACGUCGGCGCACCCCUUCCCUGCUCCAAGAUCAAGUUGGUCGAUGUACCUGACAUGGAUCUCUUCGUCGAUCGUGACCAAGUUGGCGAGGUGAUUAGCCUUUUCCCUUCUUUUGUACACAAGCCUCCUAUUGGGCAUCGGCACACCGGACUUCGUCAUACUUUCGCUUUUAUAUCAUGACAGCUUCUCAGUAGUGAGCACGAUUGUUGGUCGAGUACAGUAAUAUAGGAGAAGAGGAAAUAUGAGGCAGUCACACAAACGGUGGUUGCGUAGACCCAUGGACGAUCCCGAAGACUUAGCUUUGAUAAGUUUCGUUGAGCCUGCUUUCUUGCACGGAAGACGCCACCUCACUCCAAGUAGGAGCAGCUUUAAUCGAUCCGACUGGCUUGCAAAACUCAACACGUACGUUUCGUUUGGUCCCUAGUCUCCGGACCAACACCUUUAUAAGCGGUCGCACAUCAGCGACUGACCAACCAUGCGGAAACACGACCGAAAAAGACAAGUGAGACUGGGAUGGCCAUGUGUACCUUAUUUGCCCUCGCCAGCCAGCUAGCCUUAGAACAGCCACAAGCCUCUCUGUUUACAACUGACACAGGCGUCCUACUUAUUUAGCAACAGGCCCACUUUCUGUCAGCCGUAAUCAGACAUAUCCGAGGUUAGCUCAGGGACUAAUUGGAUUCGGGGCGACACAUAAGCCAAAAAUGGCCACCACAGCCUCCCCUGUCUUUGUUGGUAUUGCCUCUCAUCUACUGGGCCUGCGUCUCUGCGUGGGCCCUAGACCGCGGUUUCGAGACAAAGCGAAAUGCCCCCGUACUCCAUCUGCCAAUGAGGCCAGAUCAGUAAGAACAGCACUCCUACAUGAUUUCAAAUUUACAAUUUGUGCGUCAGGUCUGUGCUGUCGCCGCCUCUAAACGCGGCUUUCCGAGACGCAGGGACACCUACCAAACACCCGCACCCAUCGUUCACCUCGUGUUACCACUUAAUUGUUCUCACCAAAGUGAUCAACCGACUUCUCUCUGUACGCCUCCAGUUUCUGUUUUUUUUUUAGAUUUGUGUUAAGGGCAACAAUGUCACUGCGGGUUACUAUAAAGACCCAGAGCGAACUCGCGAGGUUAUCGAUGAGGACGGAUGGCUACACACCGGUGACAUUGGACGCUGGACAGAGGUUGGUGCUAAUUUGGCAGACGUCCUAUCAUGAACGUCAGAUGUAGCACUCCUUGCUCCGAUCCUAACUUGACUUCCCUCCCUUGCCCUCUCCACAGCGUGGUUGCCUUCAAAUCGCCGACCGUUGCAAAAACAUGUUCAAACUAGCCCAGGGUGAGUAUGUUUCCCCCGAGAAAGUCGAAAUGAUCUACGGGCAAAGUGGCCUUGUCAAUCAGGUCUUUGUGGACGGUAACAGCCAACAGGCCUUCGCCAUCGCCAUCGUCGUGCCCCAGUUCGACGCCCUAAGGGCGGCCUUGACGACCCGCAAAAAUUCUCUCGGCCUGCUCAACGGCUCAGCUAAGAAUUCGACUUCUGAUGCAGCUGAAUCAAAGGCCUCCUCACUGUCGGAGAAGGAGAUCUGUGAGAUGCGAGAGGCCAGACUGGUUGUCCUCAACGACCUCAUUCGGCGCGGCAAAGAAGCGGGACUCAAGGGCUUUGAACAGGUACGUAACUUUUCUGUGUUUAUACUACGUAGGAUACCUGCGGUCAGGUAAAAACAAAACAUUAGCCAAACCUCGACUAAUGCUAUUUCCAAAUUGAACCACGGCUACCGCCGUGGCCCAAGUUCUGGGUCUUUUGGUCAAAAAUUUGGUUACUGCUGAAUGGCGACUACAAAUUCACCAGACGUGUCCAUCCUAGUUGGCGUGUACUUGUUAUUGCGCCUCCCCCAAAGCCAAACUUCUGUUACCAUCCGGACCAUCAUCCAGAUCAGCAAUUGAGAGCACUUGAUGAACGAGCUCAGAUAUUUUCGUUUUCGAAGGUCACAAUGCCGCCCUCUUCUGCCUCUGUGUGAAUCAAAUUGAGUACUUUAGGAGCUUUUCGAUGACCUCGUCAAGGCGUGUUUGCCUAAAUAUUCAAAGAAAAUCCAAAUGUUUCCUUUGCAUGCGUGAAGUACUUAGUAUGGACUGGAUGGGCCGUAAGCCUGUGCACGUCGACUUUAGUGUUUGUUCUUAUAACCAUUAUCGCUGGGUAGCACAUUAUCUGCGUUUCGGCGAAUUGGGCGAUUAUUCCUACCGUUACUUUUUUCUGAGCCUUUGGGAUAAAUAAACUAGUACUUUUCAUAUAAGAAUGUCUUGGCCAGUAAACAUUUCAUAGCCGCUGUAAUUGCUGGAUCGUUGAAAUCGGUCGAAUAUUUGUGUUUCCUACCUGCCCGACUGGAUUCUGGUAGCUUUUCCCACCUCGCUUCAGCGCUUAGUUCCCUCAUAAUACAUCUGACAUGCGCUGGAACUGUUACAAUGUGUAAACGAUCUUAUCUUGCAAGGCUGCUGACUGGAAUUACAAUUCGGCAUCCCGCCGUACUGUCGGUCAGGCCACACGUUGGCCCCUUAAUGUUCCCCCCAACCCCGCUUUUCACCCCUGUAGGAUCCGUCUGCUUGAUGUAAGGCGAAUUACUACAACCCCCUGUCGCACGCGUAGUCGGGGCAUUGUUACGUCGGAGACUGCAUCCAGUCUCAUACACGGUUGAAGUAAGGACGAGUGAGGCAGACCAUGUGGAUAGUCUAACCGCCUGUGCGCUGCCUGUACUGGAGUGCGUUAAAUCUCGCGACUCGUAGAGGUCGGGAUUUUUAGGACCGACAGCAGACAACACAACUCAAUUCUCGGAAUUAAAAUAGCUCUCUUUUAACUUGACAUUUAUGGCCUCUCUUACGCUUGUUCCCAUUUGAUGCGUUUCCGCUCAUGUGUAUCUAAAUUCAUAUGUUUGUUUGAUGCGAGCAGGCCUUGGUUUUGCCAGGUCGCCUCCACUUUGCCUUACCAUUGGAGCAUUUUCGGUGGGUAGAGAGAACGAGAUAGAUGCCGCUAAGGUCUCCUCCGCCAUCAUUUAGCUUUCGCGCAAGUCCCAGCGGAGUUCUCGGGACAGUAAUGAUUCUCCUUAAUAAUAUGACCAGUAUCUUGAGUCCUUUGUUUGUUGUCGUCCGCGACAACUGCUUUCCGACUUUUGCCCGAUUGGUUGCAAAUCUUCACCUUUAUAGCGACCAAGUUUUAUUGUUAAGCUACAUCUAUGGGACAGCAAAAACUGCUCCUUUUUAUCAUCAAAAUCAAAAAACUUGGGAGCCUAGCCACAUGCCAGACCAAUGCAUGCCUCAUGAGCUAGACCAUCCUUAGAUAAUUUCAAACGAGUUUUGGAAGGUAGCUUUAUGCCACGACUGACAGCUCGGUGGCCAUGGUAAAGUUCAGACCCAGUAGAGAUACGGUAAGGCUUUAGUACAUCCAGUAUUGCCAGCUGAUCUGCGAGGCCCAAACUGAGAGCCUUACGUUUUUUUCAGAUUGGUUGAUUGCUUGAGUAUUUAGCCCACGGUAUAAAACUGGUGGAUCUCAUACGUCACGAUAGGUUGGACGGGUGACCUAGGCUGAGUGUUUAGAAAUCCUGUACCCCUAAAACGGCCCGCGCGGUAAAUGCGCUGGACCAACGCAGGAGCUACACCGGAGUCUGACAGGCGUUAUCUGGAAUGCGCACCCAUAGCAAAUGCCAACACUUAUGUGUGUGGUGGCAGGUCCAGUUGCAGUCUCACGCCGCGCCAAUUGGGAUCCGUACCGCCUCGCUAGUUUUUGUUGUGUUAUGGGAAAUCCUGGUCAGCUUACGUUGUGCAUCGAGGGGAGGUGUGACGAUAAGCCUAGCUGCGGGUUUUCACUGUGCCCAGCAACCUGCGCCCUCUCGCGCUCCCGGUCUUCUUGAGUCUGUCUCGACACCGGGUCCAGGUGGAGGAGGUGAGAGUGCAGUAGGUGCCGCGAAAGUGUGCUAUCACGAUAAAAGAAAUCACACGCAUGCCGCCACCGUCCCUGUCCUCACCCUGCUGUGGAGCACAUGGUAAUCAUCGUCGGCCACGAUGGUUGAACUAUCGUGAAGAAACCCAAGACUCGGUCAGGAUCUCAUAGCUCAGUGGCUAGAACACAGGACUGUACUAGCGCCUUACCAUCCCUAUCGCAGAUUCAAAUCCUGCCGAGGCAAGCGAGUUUCCCAUGGCUAAGCAAUCCGCUAAAUCAUUUAGGUCCACUAAAAUGACUAAGAGAUCCUACAAAAUGCUGUACUAUUUUCUUUUCUUAAACUUCAGUAUCUUUCCACUUUUCAGGCCAAGUCAGUCUGCCUCGUAUCUGAUGAGUUUACAGUCGAGUCAGGCCUCCUAACCCCAACCCAUAAAAAGUGUCGAGUCGUGUUCCGUCGCCUCUUCAAGGAACAAAUUAACCAGCUUUACAGCGGAGGCAUGCUGGUAUAGUAGACCACGGGAGCCGUUUCCUCUUCUCCCGUCGUUGCCUUACGUUCGCUUUGGCAGGACAGACUGUUCCCACCUGCUCCUAAUUCCCCGCUGUCAGAUCACAGUUCAGCUGGAUGAAUGCAUUUCCACACCCCUUCCCCUCAUAGCGGACUUCCUCCCCCCUUCUACCAACACGCGCCCUCCGUACACCGCUCUGAGAGGCAUACGUCCAGAGAACCACAUACGAGGAAGUUAUCGCUCACUCGUAUGCUGUUGUACAAGUUGGUUUUUUGCCUUUUCAUCCCCCUUCCCCCCCCCCCCCCCCCCUCCAAGCAUUGCCAAUGAUGGCUUCCCUGUUUCGCUACUCUCGCGCACCAUUCGACAUCGUUCUUGUUCACUUCCUCUGUGUGUGUGCGUGCGCGCACCUUCGUGGUCACUUGCUCAACAAAUUUCAUGUUUGUUUGAUUUCUCUCCCACCCUCCCGACCCCCCUCUGUUUUCUUUUGCACAAGUUCAUCCUUUUCUGUCUAUGUGUAACAAUAUUUAUGGCCAAUUAUCUUCUGACGCCCGUAAUUAUCCAUUCUCAUUCGGGAGUGGUUACCGUUGCUGAGGCCCGUCUCCUCCCGCUUCGGGGAAGGCUAUUCGGAUUUAUUCUGCUAGCGCUCUAAACUAAUUCUAAGCUAGGUGUACUGUAGUCGACGGCACAAAAAUCUGUUUCAUGCGUCACAGAGUGACACUGGAAAGAUUUUCGGGGAUGAAAUCUCGACAGCGGCAGCCCAUCUAGCCUUUUCAGCUCGAGUCAUUUCACUUCCGCUGCCCCUCACCGUAGCUCAUUUUGGCUAUGCUGAUGGCUGACGACUCCUGUUGCCGCAAACAUGCCGUUAACAAUGUGCCAAGAUGUCUGCACAACUGUUUCUUCCACUCCUGGCGUCUCGCUUUAUUCGCCUGGAACCUUGCCUGCAUAUACCCCCCUGUUGUGUGAUUUUCUAGUCCCUUGCCGAGUACCUCAGCGGCGUGCGCACAUUAAGAAACGGAAGACAGAUAAGUUCUGGGGAGGGGGGGGGAGUGGUGGUUCGGCGUGUUCAUCCAAUCCUCAAUACGUGCGGUCCAGCGCACUGCCGCAGAGAAUGAACAGUGAAGUUGCCAACCUGAGUGUCCUCGAUUCACAAUCUUGUUGCCUAGUUGCAGACGGCCUUGUAACCCCAGGUAGGCUGUUGAUAGACUUGAUCGUUAGACCCCAGGUACGCACAACAGUUUCGUCCCUGGCUCGUAAUGUGCACUUGCAAAAAAACAAGCCUUUAACUGUUCCAUGCAUUGUGCAAUCCGUUCCCCUGUUGGACAUCGGGCAUCGUAGUCAGUAAUCGUAUGCGAGUCAUCCCGCUCUAAUGGACCAGACGGUUGCGGCAACGGGCGCAGUGGAUGCGUGUGGGCCUUUUUCCGGAACUAUUAUGGCCAGGCUCCUGACUGCGGGUGGCACCGCGCAGGUGUGAAAACUGCCCACUUUAGAAAUUACAGAUAACCCAGAGUAUAUUAAAGCCUGUGUAGCUCACUGUGGACCCAUACUAUUCCCACUGGUGUAUUUUGAUGCAAAUACGGGACAUUUGGUGCGCGCACCGUUCUUCCCCGGGAUCGGCUCAUACCUGAGGUCAGCCCUAUCGCGGACGGCCAUACAGUUGGCCCACUUUAUAACGCGUGGGGAAAACCCCCGAGCUCCAAACUUAUCUUGCCCCUGGUGCUAUUCGUGACAGGUUUGGGGAACGAAGGUUUAGAAUUGACGGCCUGCGAGAGGGACGACCUGUUAUGUGCAGUACCGGGCCAGGAAAGAGUUGGGAAUCUGUAGUUCUCGGAAUAGGGCUGGUCAUCUCGGAGGUUUGGCGAGUCUGCUGUUCCUACAUCAUGGUCUGAGGUCAAAAUGCAUGUCCCAGCUAUUUCCUAGGUCUGCAACUUAACCGCAUUCCGGUGGACAAAAAACAUUGUGAGGAAGCUAGAUAAGCUUUCGCCACUGUCCUGUGAAAUCAGGCAAACGUCAAUAUGCACUUCAGGGGCGGUGAGUGCACCUGCAAACCGGAUAGACUGUUCCGAGUAAUAUUGAAGCGGGCGACUACAUUGAGGAUGUCACACGCAGUUAGAUAAAGCACCCGGGAUUGCUCUCCGACUGUGGAAGCGCUGAACUGAGUCGUCAGGCCUAGCGCCAAACACGCAUUUACGCAUAUAAUAAGGAAAUAGUUCGAAACGUACACAAUCUGUGUUGAGAGAUUAAUAGAUCGGAUAAUAAAUAUGGGAUAUAGCUGUACUGGGGUGGAUAGCGUUGCACACACAGCUGGUCCGCCUGGAGUAGAAGUUGGUCCUGGCAUGUCUGUCAGAUUACCGACGGGGAAUGCAGUGCGGGGGGCAACUUCAGGGGAAGGCCAUGGAGUUGUUGACGUUGAAUGAGAGAGGCGAGAGUUGUCGCGAGUGCCGACGGGGGGGAGUCGUCGGUCAUCCUCACCGGCGCGUGGUCACCAAUCCCAUCCUGGAUGCUCGCGGAAGUGACUUCAGUCCACGUAAACAACUCAGUCAGCCUUGGGGGUGCGUUACAAUAUGACCCAAGAACUCACCAAUAGAUGGGUCGCACUUUUCAGACUAUUCGCGUCAAUUCACCCCGUCCGAAUUUAACGGUUGGUUGUGGGUGUACGGAAGAAUAUGCUUCACCACACUUCCCGCGCAAGCACCAUAGAUAAUCCCUAACACGUUUCGCCAGGCCUGGUUUGUUUUGACUUGAUCUGGCAAGUCUAAUUACAAAAAGCUAUCCGUAUAUUUGUCUAUAUAUCUAAGACAAAGGUUUUCAAGCUCGCUGGGCCCUGUCGUUUGCCUGUCGUUGGUUAGGAACAGGACUGUGCCGCCCGACGGUGAAUUCGCAACGCGCAAACGGAAGACGGAAGGUAGAUAUGCCGGCUGAUGGAGUCGAUAUUAGAGGUUUCAGUCCCGAGUACUUUUCAAUCUGUCUUGUAAACGGUCCACGCCAUUACCCGUUUGCCUGCGCAAUUAGAUUCGUUGAUCAGGAUGGAAGUCACAACUAGGGGUAACAUUCCACCUUUUCGAAAUGCCAGCUUGUCUUCUUAUAUCUGUUGUAAUACUCGAGCCACCCAAGGGUAUGGUCUUGUCUUCUUCUCCUUCUAGGCUACAGUCCGUACUGGCUUCCUUGGUGUUCUUAUCCGAAUGAGUGCCUCCUCGGCGGGAACCCUGGGAAUUAGAGUGAAUUGAGUCCAUCGUCUGCAAGGGCAAACAUGCACGGAUAGAAUAGGUCGACGGUGGAAAAAGUUUAUUAAAAGAAAUAUUGCAGCAGAGGAAAAUUAAUCCCGUUCCGUCUCCUCGUCGUCCUCCCCUUUACGGACGGUCUCUCGACGUGCCCCCUCACGCUCUUCGACGGCGGUCACUAAAACAAAGCACGUUCGGAACUUCAAUCAGUCAAAAUGUACAGGAAGAUCAUAGCAAGGACACAUUAAAACAGCAGGGUCAGUACGUCCUCUACACUGUGACCCGAAUUGUUAGUGGUCCGAUCUGCAAGCGGCAUGCUGAAAGUAAAGCAUGGGUGACUAGAGCCUGAGACUAUCCCGACACGUUAUGCGUCGAGGAUUGGAAGCUUGCUGACUGACGUCCCAACUCAGUCCAAGCAGUCUGUCCAGCUGUGUGUGUUUGUGUGAAGUGGCGGACUCCCGCACGCGAUUGGUCUGCGCGGAAAUAGUUGAAAGUGUGUUUAUGGUAGCUCAGCGUUCAUUGGCCGGUGUUGUGUCUUUGAGCGCAAGAAAACGUGAAAGAUCACAACAUAAUCUCUCAGAGGGAUGGGACAGGAACGCAUCAGCCAGAGAAUCGGUGAAUUCGACGCCCGUCCCGUCUUAUUGCUCACCUCCCAGCUGUAAACGCUGCCUCAUACCGUGGAUGCAUCCCUUGAUCGCAUUUUAAUUAGUCAUGACAGCACGGUUUUAGGUCGGAUCUCAUUUCGCAGCCGUACGUGCAUUAGACAAGCCCCAGCCUGACCCCUAACCCCUUACCUCUAGCCCCUAGCCCCAACCCCUAACCCUAAUCACUAACCCCAACCUCUAGCCCCUAACCCUCAACUUUGCCCCUCAACCCUGACCCCUAACUCCAACCCCCGACCGUAACCGCUAGCCAUUAACCCCUUACCCUAACCCCUACCAGGUAGGGUUACGAAAUGAGAUCUUGCCCGGUUUUAUAUUAGAUCCAAAACAUUCAUCCGGUUUCAGGAAUAAUUCCCUAGUCGCCUACUAACUGUGUGACGGGCCUACUUAUAAUGCAACUGAGUUGUAGGGACCAAGGAGAACAAAGUGCAUGAGUAAAACUCCCUUGGCGCAGAUUGAGCGCACAAUCACACUCCUUGUCUUGUUUUCGUUCCACAUCUUUGUCAGGGGGAGAUGGUGGAAGUUUCUGCGUCCUUCUUAAGUUUAAAGUUCGGAGAAUUUUUAAUUCCCACUGUUUCACCAGGUCAAUCCAGGGAAUUCGCUCGUCAAGCCGAAAGCCAGGUCCACACGUAGAGGAUUCUGAUGUGGCCUUUAUGUGCUGCUCGAGCCCCUUGUGCCCUCGAAUCAUUUUAGUAGUCUCCUGUUAGUUUUCGCGAGUUUCCAUUUAACUAUAUUUGUGACGGACCUCUUGAAGUAUUGGUGAGAUUGAGAUAUAGCAGAAACAGGCCCGCAUCCUGGUACACCGAGAGUUCUUUUCGUAAAUGUGUUUGUCAGAUGACCGCGUCAUGGUUUCGCAUACCAGCAUCCCGACCUGACCUCUGCGCCAGCAUCAAACACCAGGAAUCUGAGCUGGUAUGCAGCCAGUCUACUAUUAGCCGUUGCCGCAAAGCCUACAUUUCUGCCGUUUCUGUCGUUCGCUAUGACUCUACUUCGUGUAGGCAGCGAUAAAAGCCCGGGAAGCUAGCGUCUUAUCAGUGGUCUCGAUGUUGACUUUUAACCUCGCCUGCGCAGACAACCGGCAGGCGAGGUCUUCCCGAAUUUCGGCCCUGUAGUAAGCUUAAAAGGGGCUUCUCUCGCUCUCUAAGCUGACGCCCUCGGAGGAAUAUAUGUUGGCUGCUGCCAGGGCUCGCAAAGUCUCUACCUUAUUUGAAGGCAUUUUGAAAACCUUGCCAGACAGAAGUGAUGCAUUUUACAAACUGCUACUUUCGACCAUAACUUGAGUUCUCAGAAUGGACGCGGACUAUGAUGGUUGUCCGUGCAGCGUUAGGCGAUCACCUUUGUUUGUUAAAUUUGUGCUUCCCACCCUCAGAACGCCAGAGGGUGCAUAAGUUAUCAAUACGCAAACAGGGAAGCCCGUCAACAAAACCUGACAGUCUAUAAGUCACUAAAUGAAGAGGAAGAUAAGGAGCCCUUCUACAUCUCCGGCUGAGCUACAUACACUCACAAUGGAUGCCCUCAUAAAAUUGUUAACUCACGCAUAUAUACUCACGUGAUCGAUAGACAACAUCUCACGGCUUCCCUCGAACACUUGGAAUAGGUCACCAAGGGAAUCAGUUGAGGUGUCUCCAAGAGGUCGUCAUUUCAAAGACGUAAUGACUCAUGAUCUGCUGCGGACAGCCGAGGGAAACAUAAGUUAUCUUUGGACUGAUCUGAAAGCCCUAACUUGCCCACAGAAGGGCGUAUAUCGUUCCUCCACUUUGUAUAUAUAAGUAUCUCCUUGCUGAUAAAACAGACAGCGUUAAAUGAGUGUUUUUGUUUCUCUCAUAUCGUCUGUCGGUAUCCAUGACCAAAUGAGGCAGAGAGGAAGUGUUUGUUAAUCGCCUGCAUAUUUUCGGUCGUGCAACGUAGCCGUUGUCCAUUUUCACGGGGAUACAACGUGACCCCGGCUGAAGGCUACAAGCACGGCGACCCCCAAAUAAUAAAUUCGUUCGCAGCGCUUUCCCAGGAGAUAUGGUGUUGAGGGCAAAUUUCACAGGACUUCAAGAACGUGACAGUUAUCCAUCUCCAAAAACGGAAAGCCAACCUCCAAGCCUGCAACAGUCACAGAGGCAUCUCACUACUCAACACUGCCGGGGAGAUCUUGUCUCUCAUCCUCCUCAGCUGUCUCAACGGUCAUUUAGAACAGGGAUUUCUCUCGGAAAGCUAGCGUGGCUUCCGACGAAACAGCGGAACCGCUGAUAUGAAUUUUGCCGCUGGCCAGCUACAAGGAAAAGUGUCAGGAAAUGCGGACCAACUUCUACACUACCUUCGUAGUUCUGAAAAAGUUUUCCGACACUCUGAAUUGCGAUGGACUGUGGAAAGUCGUGCAGAAAUUCGGCUAUCCUGAGCGAUUCACACAUGUGGUGCGUCAGCUGUAUGAUGGGAUGAUGGCGUGCGUCACGGACAAGUGGACCGUCUCAGAGGCAUUUGCAGUGAUCAACAGAGCGAAGCAGGGCUGCGUACUAGCCCCCCACCCUCUUCAGCCCCAUGUUUCUGCCAUGCUAAUGGACGCCCAUUAGGUCGCAUGCGCAUUCAUGGAAGCCUGAAGUAAACCACCGCAGGCAUGACCACAUCACUACACAUCCCCCCAUCACACAGAACGUCUCCGACAUCCCAUACCACUGAUAUCUCUAACGUCAGUGAGAAGUGUGCUCCUCGACUUCUCCAUGUGGCUCCUCUGCAGCAUAUGAGGGCCGAGCGAUCUUCGCUCUUUUGUGUGAACACCUGGUAUUAUCAUACAAGGGGCCAGGUUGCGUGUGUGUGCAAACAGUCUGACGCGCUUGAGACUACCACGGUCUGCUAGCAGUAGUGAUUUUGGAGGUCGAAAUAUACGUAUCAACUCAGACUACGCAGUUAGUCCCGCUUUGGGUUUGUGUGUCCAGUAGCUGACUAGUAGACUGAGAGUCAGGCUGCAAUGGCUACUUCUUAACGUGACCUCUGCCACUCUCACAGAUGUGAAAUCCAAAUGGCCCACCCCUUUUGUGUGUGUUUAGGGAGGAACAGGUCGUAUAUGUGGCACGCCCAGAUGAGGUCACUACCUAAGUCAGCCACUGCGGCCAUUCCCACACCAGAGAACUGACCGGAUCGGGCAGUGGCUUCGGCCCGGUAAUGGGAAUAAAAAGCGAAGUAGAUGUCUCAGCGCAUCUCUUUCACUAUAAACAAUUUGACGCGCCUGAAGCUAUCAAGGUGCGUUAAAGCCUUAGCUUCGAAGAUUGCCAACUGACAGUGUAACCUAAACCUCACAGUGAGCUCAGUGUCUGUUUGUGUGGAGUGGCGGACUGGUGAACUGAGAGUCAGGUUACGAUGGCUACUUUCUAUUGUGGCCCCUAUGGCACUCCCAAUCCGUGGAAUCCGAGCCGGGUGUGGCGGCGCGCCUAAGGGCAGCUCCGACCGUGCCAGCCUCCUGCGCCCUCACUCACAUCCGAUCCUCUUAACUAUGUCUUGACACAGGGCCCAAGUGGGGGAUAAGGAGAGAGUGCUGUAGACGCAGCGCAAGUCUACUAUCACUACAAACUAACUCAUGCGCGAGUCACCGUCCAUGCUCUCACCCUGCUGUGGUGCACACGGCGGACAUCGUGUCACCAGUGACUCCGUCCUGUGCAUCGGGCAGGUGACUUUUGUUUUCAAAUCUCGCCUCUCCCUACCACUCCUUCUUGGUUUAUGGAGUACGAUCGACCCAGAAUUCUUAAAAAUCAGACAUGGCACAAUGGCUAACGCUAGCAUUCACCCUGAUCUACGCCCGGUACAACGCCAUUUCGGCUUGUAUAUUUCCCGAAUGAGACUUUGCACAUUGAGGUAAUUGGUGGGUGCAUUAGCUCCUGCAUAUGUGCGACUUUCCGUUACUGUUCACUCUAGAAGCUGAUACUUUUAUGUGGGUUAAAAUCAUCCCACAGUUGAAUAGCCUUUGUUUGUCUUUGUAUUCACAGAAUUAUCUUGCACCGUUAUUUUCACAGCUGGCUUUACGCUACGUCGUCCUUCAAACCACAGCCUCGUGUAAACCGUUUUGCAAACUAGCCAAACUGACGCGUAUGCGAAAAUUAUCACACGGAUGGUAUGGAGGCAAAUGGGAAUUUUUGUGACACCGGAUCUCACGUUGCAGUGGUUGCGCAUACCAGACCGACCAACGUCAGUUUACAGUGAUGCUUAUUCACCUGGACGUCACAUUCAGCUGAGCAAAGAAUAGUUAAUCUGGCCACAAAUACUGCUGGAUUCUCUGGCAAGUUCUAGUUCUUCGGUCUAACCACUCGAAUAGCGUUCGCCUACUUCAUCAGUUGGUUAAGUAAACUUGGGAAGUGCGCUCUCUCUACUGUCAAAAUAGUCUCUAAUAUAUAUAUCGCAUAUAAUGGUCUUAGUAUCGCCCGUCGUAUGGCCUCACACUCUCAUGGAGCACCAAAAUCGAGUACGGAUUCGCACGCGGGAUCUCCAACGCCAGCCGGCAUUCAGCCGGCUGCAGACCUCCGGCUGGAAUCCCCGCAGCCUCCAUCUCAACAGUAUACCGAAACUGUACAGGGCGGUAGACCUGCCAAUGCAAGUGCACAGUACGGAGACAUGGAUUAUCAACGUGAAACAAACACAGAAACUCCGUAACGUUCACUUUAUCGAUAUUAGGAGAAUCCUUAAUUUGGGAUGGCGGGACAGGAUCCCAGACACGGAAGUUUCGGAACGGGCUGGAAUCGUCAGCGUCCCCAGCACACUGAGGCAACUGUAACUACAAUGGAGCGGCCAUCACGUGAGGAUAGACGGCAAGUGCCUACCCAAAAGUCAAGAUCGAUAUAGGUGCUCUCCAACAGAGAGGAAAGGCACGCCGCUAAAAUGAAACCCUGGAGAACUAACUAAAGCACUUUCAAAUCAACUCCAAAACCCGGGGGGGCCUCGCCCAGGGCCGACCAUUCUAGAGAUGGGCCGUGAAAACUGAAGCAGUAAUUUAUAAAGCCAACCGAAUCACCGCUGUUAAAGCCAAAGUUGCAAAUCGCACGUCUCAAGCACCUCCGACUCACAACGCCAACAUCCAAACAUACCAGCAUGUCCACGCUGCCGACGAACAUUUCGUCGUGGAUAGGCCUCUUCGGACAUCCUCUGGUCCCAUGCAACAAAAACCCAACAAGCCCACCUGCCGCCUCCACAAAUAUCUCCAUCGUCACCUCUGCGCCAACUCCACGGCGUUCACGACGGCGACCAUCACCAUCGAUGGACACACUCCUGAUGUCUCAACGCCGUCAACCGCCAUCGAUCGCCCUCACCCCAUUGUCCUUGCCGCGACCUCCGCGACGACGACUUCUACCAAACUACCACCGCCCCACCACCAGCAAUGUGGACUAAAUUUCAGCCUGUCCUCGUUUCGACCGCGAAUUCGCCUCGCCCAUCGGCCUAUCUGAUCACUUGCGGGUCCAUCCCACUGCUACCGGCGCACCAGUAUCAAGGGCCCUCAUAUACACUCGCUGCAUCCGCUCUCACUGCCCACGCUGUCCAAGCAGACUCAUUCAUCGCACGCGCCUGCUUGGCGACAUGCGCAUCCAUAAACAACUAUGGCAAAACCGCCGGUCAAAAGAAAUCGCUACACCUCUUUUCACCAGGACAUACAUCACACACGAAUCCGUCCAACAUCAUCUACCGCAGGUACUGCAUAGUCCCCUCCCACGUAAGUGAGAAGCUCACUCUUUGGCUCCUUCUCUGUGUGGCCCCUGUACCACUUUAACGCAUAUGAGAUCUAAGCUAACCAUCCCUGCUGUGUGAAAACCUGGUGUGUUUUCUGGAGGCCGUUUCGUGUGUGACACGCGCAGGCGAGCUGUUUUAGCUCUCUCUCUCUCUCUCCCUCUCUCUCUCUCUCUCUCUCUCUCUCUCUCUCUCUCUCUGCUACUUGCGCCAAAUCCUCGCAUAGGACGACUGGCUGGUCGGACAGCGGGUCGGUGCACGGGGGAGGGAAGAGCGAGAGAGGGAGAUCGACUCUGAGGCCUUUAUUUGCAUGGUACUUAGCUCACAUUCCUCGUUAUAAACAAUCAGGCGUGCUUAACUCUAUCAUGGUGCACUAAAAGCCGUGGCUCGGAAGACUGCCAACCGACGGGAUAACUAGACUCUCCCCUCAGGACGGAGAGUCGGAGCUCAAUGGCUCUCUAUGAAUGCGGCCUCUAUGGCACUCCCAUUCAGUUGGGAUCAGAGCCGCCCCCCCCCCUUAUCGUUUCUGUGGAAACCCCGUAAUUUUUGAGCGGACCAGGCGUGUGUGGCACGUGAAGGUGCCGCCUCCAGUCCUCUUGACUCUGCCUUGACACCGGGCUGAAGGGAGUGAGGGAGGAAAAAGUGCAGUAGAUGCUGCAAAAGACUAUUACCACUGCAAACUGAAUCACGCGCAAGUCAGCGUCCCUUCGUCCGCCGUGCUGUGGGGCACACGGUGGACAUCGUCGUUCGCCAGCGUCGAACUGUCACACAGUUAUGUUCGCACAUUUAUACCUACACCGUGGCUGCAGCUGUCAUAACAUAAAAUCACGCUGUUCUGACUCAGAAAACUAAUGAAUUUUCCACGUGUGGCUUUCUGCCAAGACCUUCAAACUUUAAGUUGUGGCCAUUUCGGAAUUUUGGCCGUUGUCAGCUGGUGAUAGGCCGAACCUAAGGGUUGACGCGCACUAAGCCUGGACCCUAUUGUUGAUUGCUGUUCGCCACGCGACGCUCUGUAUCUAUUCUGAAUCCGAAGUCUCAAGGCGAGGCAGAGAUGCCCUAACCUUAACCGUAACCCCACCCUACCCUAAUCCCAACCCUAACACAAAACGUAAACCAAAACCGCAAUCCAAAUCCUAACUCUAACCAGAACCCUUGAACUUAACACAAACCCCAACACUAAACUCAAUUCUCAGCCUGACACUAACCCAUACUCUAAAACUAACUCUAACUCUAGACAGAAACAUCGGGUUGCCGUUUUUCCGUCUUAGCUUUGGCUACAUUCCCAAUAAAGAUUCCAGCAUCCUCCUUCGGCUUACUUUAAUUGCAAUGCCAACAUUGUGGGACCAGGAGAGCGUAGCCGACUCCUACCGCUUGGGGCUACAUUCAAGUAAGAAAAAAAUAAACAGUUUGGUUGCUAAUGUCAGGGCAUUCGCUCAUCAUGCCUCUCCAUGCAAGUGAGUAGUAUGGAAGAUGCACUCGAAAUGAUUUCCGAAGUGAAGACCGUGGUGACAGCGCCGCAAGUAAGAUCAGGACAUGAUCCGACUGUACGCUUCUUCAUGCGAGGUGCACCGCCUCUUCCAUAUAGGUUAAUCAGGUCGCACCCGACCUCCGUACAUCUCCACACGUUGUCAUCUCGAAGGAGAAAGAAAAAUGGUGGAAAAUGAGCAUAAUACCCUACAUGGGGUGGACCGUUCCAACGUUCUGAGAUUGGCCUAUUGGGAGAACUGAUAAUAAAGCAUAAAUAACCUUUUCAUCACACGCAUCAAGAACCUCUCCGUAUUUGUUAUAAUUCGAAGGAUUUUUUCCGUGCCAUCUUGGAAAGCAUUGUACUAAUGUAAUCAACCUUCGGAAACUGACUCAGACCAAUCUUCAACUAAUCAAGCUGGCUGGAGUCACAGUUAUCCGGAUGCGAUGUCUCCUACAGCUCCCUGUGCUGCAGAGCACUUUUCUAAAUCCCGAACUGCCGACAGCAAAAAUGAUUUGAAGUAUAACGUGAGAUGAUUGACGGACGUCCUCCUUUCUUUUUACCGCUUGCCUCAGGCAGAUACAUAGGCAAACCGGCUUUUCGGUAAACCAUACUGUGGACUUUAUAAAUCUUCUAAUCGGUGUGAAGUGAUCAUACCGCAUCAUAGAAAAGUGCUCAAAGAAUCUUGGAAAUAUUGUAAUGUAUUUCGAGUCGGAGUAUCAGCGUACUUCCCCCACUUCGAGUUUUGCUUAAAUCCUGGGCCAUAAUUGUGUUCCUUGUAUCAUAUUGUGUUCCAACUCGCGAUUAAAUACACCAGGAUUCCUUACUGAACACUGGAUCCCCUUUCGCUCCACUUCGGUAGUCAACAGUCUUGUCUCCGACGUUGUCUCAACCAUAUUUUUAGGGGCAAUUUAGAGUCAACUGAGCUUUGAAUGAUACAUCACCACUACUCAACUGCGCAGAACAACUCGCUCUACGGUGUCAGUCUUCUCUUCGAUUAGCGAUACUAAAACCCUUUCAGAUUGAGAACGGGAACAUGUUCACUCUGUACUGCAAGCAGCCCUGCGCUAAAUUGCAGGGGGCGGGAUACCCAUUCCCCUGUGCUAACAUUAACCCCAGCCCUAAUCACCCUGGUAUCUAGCGCAAUUUCACCUGUAAUAGGGGGAAAGGGGGGAGGGGGAGAUACUUGUUCCCGUGCCCUAACCCCUAUCGAACUUAAAAGGUCUCAUACGGCAGAUUUUCCCCCACACUGGCACAUUGCAGACACCCCACCUCCCUAUGAUUGUUAGAGGUGUAGAUAUUGUCUCUGUUGGAUUUUGGACACUUUUACAUGGAUCUCCAAAACCAGACUUUUUGUAACGUGAAAAAUAACACGAUAACAUGGUGGUCGACUCAGAUCCCUUCAGUUCUCACUUAAGCUCUAAAACGCCUUGCAAACCAACAAUUCGCGUGUUUAAGUAUAAGUGAGUCAGACUUAAGGCCAAUAUUUCUGAGCUGUUGGAUCUAACAUCAGGCCGAUAAAAUGUUCUGAUCUUCACAUGACCAAGUUGUGAAGUAAACUGCCAAGCCAGUAAGGCCUAUCCAGCACUUAGUUUCUCACUAUAAACCACCAAAGGCAAAUUUAAACUAUCACGGCAGGCCGAGUCGUGGGCUGGAGGGUUGUAAAGUGACGGGACAACUGGUUCCUAUUCCUGACUGAUGCUCGGACUGCAAUGGUCCAUUUUUAAUGUGGCUUUUAUGGCACUCUCAGCUGCAAGAGAUGUGAGAACACUUCAACCAGACCCCGUACGUGCAGAGUUAGGGAUCGGGUUGUGUGUUUCAGGCGUUUAGCCAUUGCACUCACACCCACCUUUGUCUUUGCUUUGUCAUCAGAACGUGAUAGGUGUGGAAGAAGGGAGUAGGGCAGGUGAAGCGUAAAGCUGAAUAAGGCACAGGAAUAUGGGCCUCUCCCCAUCUUACAGGCUGUCUUGAGCUAAAUUCUGGAAUCUGGCGCGAGGUCACCUGGCGUAUGGGGGUCCCUGUUACCGCGGUCAGCCCAAAGCUGCCUCACCAUAAAUCGUACCUACGUCGUGAGGCAGUGGUCUCUCUCAUCGCAUGCGACAGCCAAACUACAGUGCAUGUGUUCACGAACUGCUAACAGUCUUGAUCCAGCACCGGAAUUUAGUUUCUAAGUCAGCUAAUGAAGCUCAUCGGUGUAGUCUGGUCUCAAGGAAAGAACUAUGAGCCAUUCCUUUUCGUUUUGGAGCUUCCGUGUAAGGCUUUCUCUCCACCCCGCCCACCGCAGGCGAUCGCAAAGCUUCGAACAAACAAUGGUCGAGAAGUAUCAUCAGCAGAAACUUUGAAGGAGGGGGUUGGAGCGACUCUUUAGCAUUGUCAGUACACAUUCGUAGUUUUUUUAUACCUAAGAACUUCGGCUUUUCUCUUGUGCAUACUAUCGCUUUGAGCUGCCUUUUGGCUUAUUCGCCUUUUCCAGCUACGAUGCUCUACGGGCUUAGCCUGAGGGGAGUUUUGUCUGAGAAAGUGACAGCUUUUUAAACUGAGAUUAAAAAUGCAAGUUAUAGUGACCAAAGUGAUUAAUUGCCUUUUUAAUGAUGAAUAGCAAAAUAACGAAAAUUUCGCCUAGACAAACCAUCAUUUCAAGUAAUUGCCGAUAAUGCAUUAGGUAAUGCAUUUGACAAGGUGUGAAAAAACUCCAUGGGUAUUUACUCCGAUAGUCAUGCGGAAAUUCCCCGUACUAAACACACGAAGGAUUGCAGCUACUUCCGAUAUCCUCUCAUGAGUUUUCGAUGCUGGCCAAAUGCAUGCACGUUUACAUAUCUGACACUGCCAUCCGUGGUGACCGAUCUGAAAUGAGUUCCGCGGUAACGCGCUGAUUUUGGCUAGCGUGGCGUUAUGUUCAGAGGAAGUGCAACGCUAGUAAAUAAAUAAUUGAAGUUUUGUUACGAACUCUCGAGAAUGGCGCUUGAAACUCGUUUCGGGCUGCAAUUUAAACCACCCACAGUAAGCGGCAGCAAAUUUGGCACAGCGUGAACGCUAAUGAAACUCGCUGUUUUUUUUCAGCCCAGGGAUUGGUGCGGUUCUCGGCGUUCCACUCCCCAUUUGACAGAACACUGGAAUAGGCAAUUCCCCGUGGCUUUGCGCCGAAUUCCAGGGAGAUUGGGUUUAGAGGUACGUUCAGGGUUAAGUUUUCGGUCAAUGUGCUGUUAGGGUUAGGUUUGGGGUCAGGAUUAGUGGCAGGAUGGGGUUUAGGGCACGGGAAUAGGUACCCUCCCCAGGAUUCAGCGCACGCCACCGAUGUUACAUAGCGGGGAUCCAACUUCAGUGUCUUACCGGCCGUUUACCGACAGAAAAAAAUUUUGGUAAGAUCUUAUUUCGUAGCCUUACCUGUUAGGGGUUAGAGUCAGGGCUUGCCUACUGCAGUUACGGCUACGAAAUAAGAUCCAACCAAACUUUUAAUGAGUUAAACUACCCAGAGCAGGGAAUUAAAAACGGCAUUUUAGGGGGUAGAAUGGAAACAUGCUCAAAGUAUAUUUAUUAAGUAAAUUCGAAAGAAAUAAGCUAUUUAGGAAAGAUAAACAAGUUUUAUUUUAAAUUUUCGAUCUUGGUUUCCCAAUUCGUCUUCAGACGUGAAGUAAGUGUGCAAAACAGUCAACAUUUAAGCAUGCCGGGAAAUCGAUUUUGCCUUGUCACGCCUGCUGGUGUAAUGUUCUGAUCGACUAAUGCCUUUUCCACUUUUCCUUGAGGCUGUUGUACACCGUAUCCAAUUCUACGUGUCGAUUGAUGCAUGCGUUAUCAGAAUGGAUGGCCUCUAAAAAUUCACGGCCCUUUUUAGAUGAGCAGACACCUACAAUGCAAGUCCCGUCCCAGGCGAAGUUGUGUCCAGUUUCUAACGUAUGUAUGGCAACUGGGGACAAGUGGUCUCGUCUUUUUACGGCCAACUGCUGUUCAUGUAUUCGUGUAGAGGCCGAUUUCCCAGUUUGACCACAGUAAACUGCAUUACAGGUGUUGCAUGGUAUCUUAUAGACGACUUCCUUCUUAUCUAAAUAGCCAAUCCUAUCCUUAGGGUGUACAAGCUGGUUAAGAAGUGGAGUCGUCGGCUUGUGCGCCACAUGUAUUUGGUGCUUUCUCAGGUGUCUUUCGACUAGUUCGGACUCAUUCUUAAUGUACGGAAGUGUUCGCCAGUUAUUUGGUUUGGGCGCCUGGUCGGAACAAUCUAGUUCCUUCUCGUUUUUUUUAAACUUUUGUCGUCGCAUGCAUCGGUGUACAAAAUAUCAAGGAUAUCCAUUCUGGGAAAACAGUUUGAACAAAUAAUUCAGUUCUGUUUGAUAUGUUUCGUUGUCAGAGCAGUGAGUUCUUGCUCGGUUAAGGAGGCUGUUCACGGCACUCCGUUUGUGUGAGAUCGGGUGAUUGCCCUCGUAAUUCAAAAGAACUUCCGCGUAGGUUUCUGCGGUAAACCGAAGUGUGAAAUGUCCCGUCAGGCUUUCUCUGUACGAGGACAUCAAGAAACGGGAGUUUGCUGUCAGCCUCUUUCUCGAGUGUAAACGUGAUUCCUGGAGGUGUUGAGUUAAUAAUAUUGUGGAGUAACUUUAGGAACAGAGUGCAACAACUGGCAUAUAAAAAGCCUUGUGAAGCGCCAACAAGUAUUACAUCUCCCAGUUCAAGCCAAAAAGGCUUACCAAAAAAUAUGCUAUUUUCGGAAAAAUUUGGUUGACUAGUAAUUUUAAGCGUAAUUUUGCAACUGCAAAGUCCAGUAUACAGCAACUUUCGGCUAAGUUUGAAUAGAGCCUCCAGGGCAACAGUGCAAUCAAGCUUUCGUUCUCAAUACAAAGAAGACCAUGAGGCCAUGCUGCAUUGUUUAUUUACUUCAGCGGUUGGUGAGUUUUGAGUCUGCGCCUUGAUUUCAUGCAAACCCUUAGGAAAACGACUCAUUAAAUUGUCAGGUGCAUGGCUACGCACAGUGUUCAGUUUUGACAUGCUUAAGCAAAUUCUAAUUUCUUUCCAACUGUCUAGUCCUCUUUCGUUAAAAAGGCCUAGAACGUUUACGAGGAACAGCCAAACGGGGAUGCUUUUUACAUUAAGGAGGUUUUUGUUGUAGCCCACAAAUUGGCUUCUGGGAAAAGAACAGGCCUUUACGAGGCGACUGGUUAUAUUGAAGUCAUCUGCAAUUUCCCGCCCAAAGGAAAGAGCUCUUGUUUUUUAUUCAAUGACCAAAAAACUCAGAAAUGUUUGCGAUACAGGGAUGGGAAUAUUUCUAUUUCACCCUAUGUCUGUGUUGAAAAGCGAGUUGUUGCUGUGUGUAGGGGCCUUAAAUAGUAGAUGCAAACACCAGAGGGUUGCCCUUAAAUUGCUUUUGCUGCAAACCUUUUUUUUUCAUCAAAGUUCGGUGGGGCAGAGCAAACACCACUGUGAGCGGUUGAGACUAACUUUGGCCCUUAGCACUUUCUAAGAAAAACAGUGCGCUUGCUCUCAAAUAUACUUAUUCUGGAUGCGUAAAAAUACUCUGAAAGCAACUCUGGGGUGUGGCUUCAUUGGUAAAUGGUAACCGCCUCCGCUCUUUACCUAAUUACCACUGCUGCGUGUUCUGCGCGCUAUUAGUCUUAAUUUUAGAUGUCGCUCGCGGGCUUUUUAAAGCUACUCUUGAGUACAGAGCUCCUUAGGAUGUCAUACCGUUUUUUUCUGAAAUGACAAAACCAUAUACGACUGAGGGCACACAAUUAGGAGCAGCUUUCUGAAAGCACAGUUUUCACAGGGGGAACGUCCUUCAUAAAGACGAGGAGAUUUCACAUUCAAAUUCAGUGGUCGGAAAAGACUGCUCGUUUAAUGCCAAAAGACAGGGUCUUCGGCCCGUAAAACGAGAACGGUUGACUAGCUCAGUAGAAAUCAAAGUUCCAGUAGGAGUUUCUUAAAAUCCGCAAGAGGUCCCGUUUACAAACCGUGUAGUUGCGCGAUAUUUUUACGCCGUUUGCUUAUCCUUAAAAAACAGAAAAGGAGGACUGCUGACGAGAUCUAAGGGGAGAAACAGAAGGAGGGAGACGAUGAUGGUAACCCUAGUGAUAGUGGUGGUGUGCCCUUCAAAAGGGCCAUUCGGUAGAUGCGUUGGACCAACACAGGGAGCUAGAUGGGUGCCCGUCAGGCGUUAUCGGGAAUGCGUAUCCACAACAAAUGCCAGUAUUCGGAGGGUGGCGGCAGGCCCAAUUUCAGGUCCAUGCCGCGCCAGUUGGGAUAUGGGCCCCCUUCUUUAGUGGUUCUAUAAAAUCCUGGUCGGUGUUCCUCGUGGGCCAGGGGUGUAGAUAUACGCCCAGGUGUGGGUUUUAACUGUGCCAGCCACCUGCACCCUCUCCUGCCUCCGGUCAUCUCGACUUUUUCAUGACAGUGGGCCUGAAUGGGGGGGGAGGAGGAGAGAGUGCGGUAGACGCAACACAAGUCUAUAAUCACUAUAGAAGAAAUCGUACGCAUGUCACCGUCACUGUUCUCAUUCUGUUGUGGAGCACAUUGUGAACGUCGUCAGUCAUGACGGUCGAACUGUCGAUGGUGGUGGUGGUGGUGGUGGUGGUGGCGGCGGCGGCGGCGGCGACGACGACGACGACGACGACGACGACGACGACGACGACGGUGUUUUUGUUGGGACCGAUAGAAAAGAAGAAGAAUAAGGUUAGCGCAACGGAAGUUAUUUGACGUCCCUUUCUAAAUCGUAUUCGAGUUCGCCAUCACAAAGGGAAAAUUUGCUCAGCCGGUUGGUCAAUUAAUCUAUCUAUCGUCUGAACCCCCACUCUCAAGCGAAGGCUUCGUUCAGGUGCCUGAACGGGCUUUUGACUACUAUACCCAACGAAACCGUCUGCAAAGCGCGUGGCAGCGAAGUCAACGCUGUGAUUGGCAUUCGUCGCAUGACAAGCUACUUGCGCUUGCUUUUUUCUAGUACCCCAAUGCAGAUUUGCGGUUCUGUGUUCUUGUUUACGGUUUGUAGACUGUCUGGUCCCUGUAACGACAGCGCAAUGGACAACGGUGAACUGCCUGCCGCGGCAUAAUUUAUCUUUUCGCCCAGGGGCGGCAACAGUUUGUGACGUCGUGGGGACAGAUCCUGCAUUUGCCCAGGCCACACGCGACGUACUCAGCUGCUUCUGACGCGGUGAUCAAGUCUCACAAAAAAAUUAUUCACUUGAUGGAUAUUUGUCACACCUCUGUCUGCGACGGUAUGUGUAUAAUUGCAAGCGGUUCUCCAAGACGGUCCCUGGGCUGCAAGAGUUUUGGUAUUGGAGUGCUGACUCAGUUACUCACCGAGUGGAUCUUAAACCCGCAUACAAGAGUGGCAGAUGAGAUCCAUCCCACCUUCAGACUGCCGGCCACACUGUCCUAUUCCCAUGCAGCCCUUAUAUUUCUGUCAAUAUUCAUUUACUUUCGCGGAAAUAUUAGUGGUUCAGUCUGUCAUACUUUCAUCCGUGUGACAAUUAACUUUUCACACUCCCCCCUCUCCAUUCCUUCCGUCCCUCACUGUUAACGGGUUGUCAUGGACCAAGACAGUUAUGCUCCAUACAGAACAGCGAGACUCAUAGGGUAGUUGAAACCGAAAUUUCGCUCUACAAUUCGGCGGUUCGCAAUGAUUACAGCACGAGUCGCCCCCUUGUUUCCUGUGAAAACCUGGCCCAUCGUGCGCGAACCACACAUAUGAGGCACGCGUAGACAUUUGACCUUGUUAACCACUGCUUCCGAUUCCUUUUUCGGUCUUAUCGACUCUGUCUUGCCAUCAGGUCCAGAAGGGUGUGGGAGAGCAAAGUGCGGCAGAUGCUGGACAAGCCUGCUUUUGCUAUAAACCAAUUCAUGCGCAAGUCGCUGUCCUACACCCAGCAUGCUGCAACGCAGACAGUGAGCAUCGUUCGCCCCAAAGGGGCCACUAGGCAAAUGUGCUGGACCAACACGAGCGCCAUAUCGGAUUUCGGCUGACGUUAUCGGAAUGCGCGCCAUUACAAAUGCCAACAUUUCGGGGAGGGGGGGGGUGCGAUGGCAGACCCAGUUACCGGUUGAUGUCGCGCACAUUGAGACCCCUGUCCCCUUACCCAUUGUUGUCGGCUAAAAUCCUGGUUAUUUACUGUGUGGGCCAGGGGGUGUGGAGUGGAGCGCAAAGGUGCGGGCCCGGCCGUGCUAUCCACCUGUGGCCUCCCCCCUCCGGCCUUCUUGACUCUGUCUUGACGCUGAGUCAGGGUGGGGGAGGAGAGAGUGCGGUAGAUGCAGCGCAAGUCUACGAUCACUAUAAGCUAACUUACGCGCAAGUCACAGUGCCUGCUUCACGUUGCUGUGGUGCACACGAUGGACAUCGUCGACAACGACGGUUGGACUGUCGAGCAUCUUUUGCGAAGUUCGAACUGACACUCGCAUGAAAGUAACAGUUUUGUCAUCUAAUAAACGUUAUUGCUCUGGCCGUGCUGUCAAGAGGGGUUCGUCAUUUUCUUGCUGUCGAAUUCUGAACUUCCAAAGAUUAUUAUCAUUUAUUCACAUUAAUUAUUUAUAAAAUCGUACGAUGUUCCGGCCUUUCAGCUACUCGAAGAUUAAGAGAUCGGAGGCCGAAAUGGAAGUCGUUUUCAAACUUUAAGGAGUUGAGAAAGCUUUCAAGCGUAUUUGCAAAAACACCCGGGCUUUAGAAAGUGGCGGUUUACGUGCGUACAGAACGAAUUCCAAUGUAGCAGUCAGGUAGCAGCCUAUGCACAAAGCAGCGGAUGAAUUGAUAUUUCCAAAAAUCGGUUGUACCAGAUCCCAUCGGUGGGCAAGCCUGCUUACCUCCCUCUCACUUCGUUAAGAUUAAUUAUGUCGAUACUGCCGAGACCUGGUUGGCUCAAUUAAUGGCGAACACAUGCACCUGUCUCAGCUCUUUAACUCGUAUCUAAAGCCUCCUCUUCACUUUCACCGUCAUUCUGGAGUCUAAGCAUUACCUAGUCGGCAGCAGGUACGCUUUUGAGCUGUUUAGAUGGUCUGCCCAAAUGCCAGGGGGUUUAAGGUGCCAGUACAUAGUAGGGGCAAAAAAUUGUCCAAUUUACGACAGCUCCGAGUGUGUGGACAUGGGGAAGAACACGGAACGCUUUCACAUGAAGAUGAUCGCUGGAGCCAAUGGUUGACUGCUGCUGCUCUCAACCGUCGCUCCACACGCGGGCAAAAGACGUGAUUCAUCCUCGAUGGAUUGCAACCCCGUAUCCACAAGCUGGAGUCCCAGUGUCUGAAUGUAGUAAAAACCGGUCGGGUAUACCAUGAUGAGGACGUUUUCGAACAUAUUCGGGAGUAGUUAAGAUCGAACUCAAAACUGAAAACUCUGACCCUCGCUAUGGUAUUCAUUUGACUCAAAGUCUUUUCUGACGCAUUUUCCUGCUCUUAUCUUAAAUGCCGACAGAUAUUUGUGAGGUCUAUAUCUGGUCGAAGAAACGUUUAAACGGACUGUUUACUGAAAAAAAUACCUAGGAAAACGCAAAUAUCGGAACCCGGGUCAAACUCCUCCCAGCCACAUCGUGCAGCGACAAAGAACUGAUCAGAUUGGCAAAGUUGAGAGAUCCGGGUUGAUCAUUUAAAGAAGAAGAAGGAAAAUAAGAAGAAGAAGAAGAAGAAGAAGAAGAAGAAGAAGAAGAAGAAGAAGAAGAAGAAGAAGAAGAAGAAGAAGAAGAAGAAGAAGAAGAAGAAGAAGAAGAAGAAGAAGAAGAAGAAGAAGAAGAAGAAGAAGAAGAAGAAGAAGAAGAAGAAGAAGAAGGGCUCUCCGGAACAGGUUUAUUUAAGUGCUGACUUUUCAAAGAGCUUGGUCGGCUUUCCAUUGUCAACGUGUAAAGUGCACAUAAUCGAGCAGAAAUUUCAAGUGGCAUGUCGUGUUGGUCGGCCUCAUGCUGAUCGAUUUUUCUCUCCUCUCGCUGACUCGACCUCUCGGGAGAUGGUUGACGGACGUUUUGCCUGUGUGCUUUGCGAGUCACCACUCCGUCGAGGGGAGCUGAGUGAACCUUUGUCGGGUGGUCGGUCUGGCGGUUCUUGUUCUUCCUCACCGAGUAAACUCGCCGUCAGGCUAUCUCCGUACGGCCUUCUCAAGUCCGGUGUGGUUUUUUGGUCCUGAGCUCUACGAUUGGGAUGACGUAGGACUUUGUAAGCUGCAGGAAGGUCCAGAUGACUGUUGAUAGAGUGGGCAUCGGAGAACUACGCCUCGAGAGUUAACCGUUCUGCUCUUGUGUUGCCGCGGCCUAAGAUGAUAGCUCUCUGAAGAUCAAAAAUAUGCCCAGUUUCCCCAACGUGUGUUGCUAGUUCAGUGUUAGGUCUAAUCUCGGAGUGGCCGAUUUGUGCUCUUGUAGGCGAGUUUGAAAUUUCCGCCCGGUUUCUCCCACAUAGUUGCAGUCGCUCUCAUUGUAAUUUAGUUUGUAGAUGAUUUCGGAGGUUUCAGCGGGUGGCAAUUGAUCCUUGGGCUGCACCAGAUGGCGUCGAAUUGUUGCCUGGGGUCGACGGGCCAUGCCUACUCUGGUGGGUUGUAACAGUCGCAAGACCGCUUCAGAGACCCCUUUAACGUAAGGAAUGGCCCUCCAGACUUCGGGUUGCUGCUCAUUUGGCUGUCAUCUGUGCGCCCGACGUCUGCUUCUCUCGAUACAAGGUCUGGGAUAACCAUUGGCUGCGAACAGGUUCACAAGGUACAAUCGUUCGGCUCUUUUAUCUUCUGGCGUGCUGCAGUGUGUUUCGACUCUUUGGAAUAGAGUGCAGACACAACUACGUUUGUGAGAAAGAUGAUGGUUGCUGUUUAAGUGUAGGAUCUGUCUCGUGUCGGUGGAUUUUCGGAAUACCGUAGUUUGCAGUUGUCCAGUUGUACACCGGCGCACAAGUACGUCAAGGAAGGGCAGUUGGUUGUUUAUUUCUGCUUCCAUCGUAAAUUGGAUAACCGGGUCAACCGAGUUCAGUAGUUCCUUUAGGUGGUCACUGUCAGUUGUUUUAACAUCGACGAAGCUGUUAUCGACAUAGCGGGCCCAGAACUUUGGUUAACACUUGGGGAACACCAUGUGUUCUACCCGCUGAAGAACUACUUCAGCGAUUAGGCUUGAUAUAGGGGAGCCCAUAGGAGUGUCUUUUAUUUGUUCGUACAUCUGUCCACCGAAGGUGAAAUAGGUCUUGAGGCAGUAUCGCAGAAGUUCGAGCAGAUGUUCAGAUUCCAGGGGCUUGUCUCUCUCCUAAUAACGAUCUGCCAGUAGGUUCCAUCACCUAACCUAGACAGAGUGGUGACUCACGAAGCACGCAGCCAAACGUCCGUCAACCAUCUCCCGAGAGGUCGAGUCAGCGAGAGGAGAGAAAAAUCGAUCAGCAUGAGGCCGACCAACACGACAUGCCACUUGAAAUUUCUGCUCGAUUAUGUGCACUUUACACGUUGACAAUGGAAAGCCGACCAAGCUCUUUGAAAAGUCAGCACUCAAAUAAACCUGUUCCGGAGAGCCCUUUUUUUCUUUUCCUUCUCCUUCUUUUUUCUUCUUCUUCAGAGAACUGACCAAAACGUGGACUGA